UGAAUUGCCUUGUCGCCGUCUACCAUCUCGCUUACUAGUACAUGUGUUCUCGAACGUAAAGAUGCAUCUUUCUAUUAAUAUUCGCGUCCGCUACGAGGGCGAACCUUGGUUCUGGUAAUGCCAGAGCAUUGAAAUACGAGCGACUUGAGAGGGUUUCACCGGGAAAACAGCCUCUUUUACCUCCCCACAAGCACGCCUUCAGUUACUAUGGUGUCCUCCACCGUAAAAAUUUAUCUCAUUGCGGUCCAUACUUCAAUAGCAGGUAUGCUAUGGGGACUAGACACAGGUUCAAUUGGUGCUAUCACUCAGAUGGCACAAUUUGACGAGUCUAUCGGUCGCCUCCCAACAGGAACGCUGGGCAUAUACGUUUCUUGCAUCCUACUCUCCGCAUCGAUAUCGUCCCUGUGCAGUGGUUACGUCGCUGAUCUCCUAUCUCGCAAGUAUGCCAUCAUGACUGGCGGUCUCAUUUUUGCAAUUGGGGCUAUCCUAUCGGCCUCUGCGACUACCUACCCCAUGCUGCUCUGUGCCCGCUUGAUUACCGGAGUCGGCCAAGGCCAGAGCAUAUCCGUAGUUACCAUAUAUCUCUGUGAAUUGGCGCCCCACAGGAUUCGCGGCACUGUAGCCACUAUGUUACAGAUGCUCAUCACUGUGGGGAUCGCCGCUGGGUUCUUCAUUGCGUAUGGUUCGUCACGACUUCACGGCAGCCUUGCUUGGCGUACUCCUUUUAUCGUCGAAGCGGCUCAUGGGAUCAUUCUUGCAUCCGGGAUGCUCUUCGUACCAUACUCACCGCGAUGGCUGGUGCAACGGGGUCGCUUCGACGAAGCAAAGUCUGUGCUUCAAAAAUAUAGGGACUCAGAGGAUGUCGAGGAUGAACUCCUGAGCAUCAGGGGAAGCCUUGAAGACCGAAGCACGCCGCAAGCAUCGUUCAGUGAGGUUUUCGCGAAAAGGUAUAUCAGACGGAGCGCCCUUGGUAUCUUUAUCAUGGCUUUCAUGAUGUUGUCUGGGGUUGAUACUGUACUGUAUUAUGCGCCAAUUCUGUUCGCUCAGGCAGGUUUCCCAUCUCAACGCGCAUCUUUUCUCGCGUCCGGCGUAUCUGGUAUUGUCAACUUACUGUGUACCAUCCCGGCCCAAUUAUGGGUGGACAAAUGGGGUCGUAAAAUUCCCCUCAUCGGUGGCGGCUUGGCAAUGUCUGUUUGUUACUUGGGCAUCGGCACUCUCUAUGCGAUUUAUGGUGAAAAAGUCAACGGUGAGAUUCGUAUCAACGGGAAAGCUCCGCAAUGGGCCGUUAUCGCCUUAAUCUACAUAUUCAUCGGCAACUUCGCCUGGUCGUGGGCUGUGGUCAUCAAAGUAUACGCCUGUGAGAUUAUGCCGACGCGUCUUCGUGCGAAAGCCUGCGCUAUCCAGCAGCUUGCGAAUUGGAUGGUGAACUUCACCGUCACCCUUACUGCUCCUAUGUUCCUCCGUGCCUCCCCCAGUGGUCCAUAUUUCUUGUUUUGUUCUGCGACAUUUUUUACAAGUGUUGUCUGUUACCUAUUCAUGCCAGAAACGAAGGAGAAAAGCCUAGAAGAAAUCGAGGAGCUGUUCGAAAAGAAAACGGGAUCUUCUGAAUCACAGCUCAACACCAAAUUGUAGUGUAGCACUUUUUGUUUCCUCAGACACCAAGUAUUGACUUAACUGGAUGGUUAUACCUUUGUGUAGUUUGCUAUAGAUAUUGGUUAGGAAGGGAUGGGUACUGUUACUAGCUAUGUGUCAAUCGCACGUCCGAAACAACGUCGAACAGUGAUUACUGUCAUAGUAUUACGGCUCUCACCGACGCUUUGCAUAGACGGGACUUGUAGAAGGGGCCAAUGUAACAUUCUGGUUCUCACCUGAACAUCUUAGGGCAUCUAGCAUUGAACUAGAAGUCCAAGUGGGGCUGCGGACUGAGGUCAUUUUCAUGCGUUCUUACCUUCCCGGUGACCCAGU